UCCACCCUCUCUGUGCUACCUCCGACCGCCUCUCCCUCCCUCCACAUGCCGUGCUAAUACACCAACACCUCUGCUUGCUCCUGCCCGCGGCGCCGCCAUGGCCUCGGCCGCACCACCGCCGCGCCGGCCAUCGGCGGCCGUGCUGCUGCUGCUGAGCGCCGUGCUGCUGCCGCUCCUCUCCUGGCUGCGCCCCGCCGCGCCCGGCUGCGUGCUGCGCUACGGCGACUUCCAUCUGCGCUUCUCGCUGCCGCUCCUGGCGCUUGCCGCCGCGGCCGCUCGCCCGCUGCUGACGCCGCUCGACAUGGCGCGCCUCGUGCUGCUGCCCGCCAUCGCCUUCGUCUGGACGACGCCGUGGGACAACGAGAUUGUGCGCCAGGGCGCCUGGUCCUAUCCGCCGCCGUGCGUCAUGGCGCGCGUGGGCUGGGUGCCCGUCGAGGAAUACGCCUUCUUCAUCAUCCAGUCGCUCCUCACGACGCUGCAGGCCGUGCUGCUGCUGCGCUGGCUGGCGCCGACGCCGGCCCGCGCACAUCGGCCGCUGCUCUUUCUGCUGCCGCUCGGCGUCUUCUUCCUCGGCGCGCGCUUCGCACGGCCGGGCGAGCACAGCUACUACGCCGGCAUGAUUGCCUGGUGGGCGGCCCUGCCGCUCGCGCUGCUCUGGUGGGGCACGCAGGGCGCCUGGAUGGCCAUGCCGCGCACGCACAAGGCCAUGUGGGCAGCGGCGUGGCUGGCGCCCUCGGCGCUGCUCUGUGCGCUCGACCGCUUUGCCAUUCACCGCGGCACAUGGCACAUCACUGAGACCACGUCUUUCAACAUCUUUCCGCUGCCAGAUCUGCCGAUUGAGGAGAUGUGCUUCUUCCUCGUCACGAACCUUAUCCUGAUCAGCGCGUCGCUGGCCUUCGACACAUGCGCGCUGCAGCUGCGGCGCACGCACGCCUCGCAGACGACGCCGCUCUCGCCGUCGUACAUGCCACUGCGCGCCUCGUCGCUUGCCGCGCUCUGGACCGCCUUCGUUGCAGCCCCGACCGGCCCCUCCGCUGCCGAUGCCGAUGCCGAGGUGGCCGAGCGCGUCCUCUCGCGCGCCAGUGCCAGCUUUGCUGCGGCCGCGCGACUGCUGCCGUGGGAUCUGCGGCGCGACCUGGCGAGCCUGUAUGCGCUUUGCCGUGCCGCCGACGACGCCAUCGACGAGGCACCGCUCUCUGCAGCCGAGCAGCGCGCGCGUCUCGAGCUCCUGCACGCCGUCGGCGCGGCUGCGUUCUGCCAGGACGAGGCGCAGAGCGACGAGGCGGCACGCGCUGCCGUGCGCUCCGCCACGCAGGCAUACGCCGCCGCCAAGGGCUCGCUCGGCGCGCAGGGCCUCGAGGAGCUGCGCGCGUGCGCGUGCGCCUGCAUCCCGCUGCGCCGCCUCGUGCCGCUGGCGCUCUGGCAAGAGCUGCUGCGCGGCUACGCCAUCGACGUGGCCCUCGGCGGCGCUGGCGGGCGCGUGUUCACGCAGCCACAAGAGCUGCUCGACUACGCCCAGUGCGUCGCUGGCGUCGUGGGCGAGAUGUGCGUGCGCGUCGUGCUCGGCCGCUCUGGCGCGCCGGUGCCGCGCUCGCUGGCGGUGAGCCGCGACGUCGACGCUGCGCCGCCACGGGAAGCGCUGGCGCUGCUGCUGUGGCAGGCGCGCCGCAUGGGUGUCGCGCUGCAGCUCGUCAAUGUCGCGCGCGACGUCGUGGGCGACGCGCGCACCUUGCGGCGCUGCUACCUCGUCUUCGAGCGGCCCGAGGACGCCUGGAUGGCGCCAGCGCUGGCCGCCGGGCAGCUCGGCGACGGCACGCCAAGUAGCAAGGGCCCCACUGCGGCGCAGCUGCGGCCACACGUCCUAGCGCUCCUGCAGCGUGCCGAGGGCCUCUUUGCCAGUGCCGCACCGGCGCUCGACGACGUGCCCUCGCGGCCUGCGCGAGCCGGCCUGCGUGCCGCCUGCGCCGUGUACUUCGACAUUGCCCAGGUCAUCCGGCAUCAGCCACGCGAGGCCUGGGAGCGUGGCGACCGGGCAGUGGUGCCCAAGUGGCGGCGCGCCGUCGUGGCGCUGCGUGCCGUGUAUGCUUGACUGGAAUGCUCAUACCUGCUGUGCCGCUCUCUGCCGAUGUAGGCUAGACUCUUUGGCUGUCGAUGCUGUAUGUCAUUUCUGCUUGUCC